CAGCUCAUACAUCGAGGGGGCCGUCAAUGGCGGCAACAGCUGAGAAGAAGGUGCAGGUGUUUGAUACAGAGGAUGAGGUGGCUGUGUCUCUGGCCAAGUACAUAGCCCAUCUCUCUGAAAAAUUCUGCAAACAGAGAGGGGCUUUUUCCGUCGUUUUGUCUGGUGGGUCUCUCAUCGAGACCCUCAGGAAACUAGUUGAACCGCCCUACAUUGGUUCGGUUGAUUGGUCCAAAUGGCAUGUCUUUUGGUUAGAUGAAAGAGUCGUGCCAAAGACUCACAAAGACAGCAACUAUAAACUUGCUUAUGAUGGGCUUCUUUCUAAGGUACCAAUUCUCCCUGGUAAUGUUUAUGCCAUCAAUGAUGCGCUGUCAGCUGAGGGUGCAGCCGACGAUUAUGAAACCCGUCUCAAGCGUUUGGUGGGCAACACCAAUGUGCUCGCUGUAUCAGCCAGUGGGUUUCCGAAGUUCGAUCUCAUGCUCCUGGGAAUGGGGCCAGAUGGACACGUGGCCUCUCUAUUCCCAGGGCAUCAUCUUCUCAGAGAGAACAAGAGAUGGGUCACCUUCAUUAAGGACUCCCCAAAGCCACCUCCGGUGAGAAUUACUUUUACCUUUCCGGUGAUCAACUCGUCUGCAUAUAUUGCCCUUGUGGUGACUGGUGCCCCUCAAGCUAAAGCAGUGCAGAGAGCUUUAGGAAAGGGACAGAACUCCGAUAAGCUGCCAGUUCAAAUGGUCUCCCCUGAAGGGGAGUUGACUUGGUUUUUGGACAGGGAUGCUGCUUCAGGGAGGGAUAAGAGGAUGUUUCGUUGGGUUUCAAAGUGCUGUUUGUGUGUUUGAUGGGUUUUAUGUUUUGAAUGGUUUGUUUAUGUUUUGAUCAAAGUGUGUUUUUUGUGUGUCGCUUAAGUAUUUCUAUCAUCUAUGUGAUCUAUCAACCAUGUACUUUAUUCAUAUUUUGAUUAUAUAUAGUCAUUGUUAUCAUUA